AUGCGUGCGAGCACGGCAAGCGCUCUUGCUCUUGCUCUCGGGCUUGCAUGGCUGGUGGCGGCGUGCCGGGCGGCCGACGGUGACGGCCGCGCUGCGCUCGACGACGCCAUGUGGGCGGCGGUGAGCUCAGCGGCGGUGGCGACCGAAAGCGGCGGCGAGAGGCAGCCGGUGUACGAGGCCGAGCUGGCGCUUGCAGCGGCCGAGGCUAGCGCCGAAGCACGGAUCAAGCAGGCGCAGGCAAGCGGGCUCUCGGACCGGGCGGCAGGCAAGCUCCAAGCGCUGCUACAGGCCUCGGACCCCAGCGGUCCCUCCCAGCCGGGGGUGUCAGACCUCGCCUUGCUCGAGGCCUUCUACGCCAAGCACGCCGAGGUCUUUGUCGGCGAAAGCGGUGGAGGUGCCGGCGAUGAUGGAGACGGCGCUCGCGUUCGCAUCUUGCGCAAGUUCCACGACAAGCUUCCCCUCCCGCAGGUGCCCGGAUCAUCGGCACAGGGCCCAAGCAGCGGCUCUGGGGCCGAGGCCGGGUGGAGAAGCAGCGGGCCAGACGCCGAUGAGUUUGUUAUUCUUCCGCCCGCAACGUCGCGGGCCGAGCUCGACGACCAGGUUUACCUGGCGGCGCUCCACAACCAUGUCAGGGAUGUGCGCGAGCUGAUCGAGCUCGGGGGCGAUGUGGAUGCAACUCCUGACGAGCGAUCGGGCUCGGCGCUGUAUGCUGCAGCGUUCCACGGCCAUCUCGACGUGGUCCGCACCCUCAUCGAGCUUGGUGCCGACGUUUCGGCUGCACUUGGCGACGGAACAACGCCACUGUACGCAGCAGCUCAGCGCGGACACCUGGCUGUGUGCGAGGCGCUCCUACAGGCCGGUGCCGUCCCCGACGCCGGACGGCGGGAUGGAUGGCGGCCGCUGCAGAUUGCCGCCGAGCAGGGCCACACUGCAGUGGCGCGUGCGCUUGUGGCGGCUGGCGCCGACGUCAAUGGUGGAAACGCCAAGGGUGUGACACCGCUCAUCACGGCCACCGCGCACGCACACGUCCCGAUGAUGGCGCUCCUUCUCGACGCCGGCGCAGACCCGAACCGGGCAACACUCAACGGGUGGGGAGCCCUCGAUGUACUCGAGUCGGCGAAGGGCGAGCUCGAUGCACCGCAGCUCGAAGCCAAGGCCCUGCUGGAAGCGCAUGGCGCUCUGCGGGCCUCGUCGUGGGUGGCACUCUGGCGGUAUGGGUACGUGGCGGUAGGCAUGGUGGCUGCCCUAGGCGUGUGGUUGCUAGGACCUUCGGACGCCCCGGUGACGAAGUCUUCGAACAAGCGGCCGAGUGAGCGAGCUGGCAACAGCGACGGCGCCAGUCGCCGCUCUGGCGGCGGCAAACGGAAGGGUGGGCGGCCGCGGAAGCGCGGCCGAAAGUAACACGGCAGUGCAACGGGUGCGUAGCGUGAGCUGGUCGUUUGUUCUUUUUACCCGGCCCGGCCAUCGGGCAGCUCGUGCUUGAGGUAGGUGGCACGGUCCUUGUUGCGGAGGUGUGUGCCAAGGCGAGCGGCGCGCUUGCCCUCCUGUUCCCAGAUGAUGGCGUCGACACCGAGCGCAGAGCGAACGCGCUCGACCGAGUCCUCCAUGUGUGCCAUGGUCUUUGCCAUGGUGGCGAGCUGGUGCUUGACGGUGACGACAAAGGUGGACAUGUCCGAGUGAGCCAGAUCCUCGAGGGCGGUCUGGACGAACUCGUCGUCCUCACCGAGCGCCUUGUGGCGGAGCAGCUCUGCGUCGCGGCGCCAGUCCUCGAGCUUGUGGAUGAGCUGGAUCUGCUCCUCUGCGGAAAUCUGGCCCGAGCCGUCGACGUCAAAGUAGGCAAGCAGCUCUGCGGCGGUCAUGCCGAGGACAGACUGGAUGGAGGCCUCGUGGUCGCGGAAAAUGGUGGUCAUCUCGUCGAGGGUCAGCAGCUCGUCUUGCUGGAGGUCCUUGGCAUGGACGAGGUCGUCGACCUCGUCGCCGUGUGGCCGAGCGUCAAAGACAGCGGCCUUGGAGCGGAUCCAGUCGCGGGUCAUGGAGAUGACUGAGAUGUUGGGCUCGCCCUCGUGGGCCUCCUGCACGUUGAUGUACGCGUCGUUGAGAAUGGUGAGGAAGAGCGAGAGCAUGAUGAAAAAGACGAGGACCAUAAAGGCCACAAAGUAGA